AUGCCCGAUAUUCAAGCACUGGCAAUGAAUCUUCUCAAAGCCAGUCCUGCUCGUUACUCGUCCGAUUCUGAGGCAAAUGAGGAAAACGAGCAGUUCCUACCGCACGUCCCAGGAGUUGAGCAAUGGCCAAAAGUUCCUAAACCUCGAACAGCGUUAUCGCGGGCUUGCUGGAUCGCAACUGUGCUGAACUUGUUACUGUUUCUGGUUUCUGUAUAUAUACUAUUCGACUCGCAUCACCUACUGCAAGAUCUUCGACAGAACAAAAACAACAAAUUGAUGAACACAGCCCCUUUCCUCGAUCAAAUCAACAUCCCCCUCCGCGAUGUCAAAGUCAACGGCAGUCUUCUGGAUAUGGACGACUCUAUCUUCCGGGCCCCGCCUUCACCUGAAGUAGAUCGCGCCUGGAACCGCAUUGGCAGCCUCACACCUCAUGUCAUGAAUGGAGACGAUGUUGUGCGGCUAGGUAAGGAUCCUACCAAGACCGCCCGCUUCACCGAGGACUUUGGCUUUGGCCCGGAUGCGCACAUUGCUGAGUUGGACGUCUUGCACACAAUUCACUGCCUUAAUGCUAUCCGCCGGGAUGUUCACUGGCGCCAUUACUACAUCGAAAAGUACCCUACCGGCGAGUUCCCAGAGCUACACCGUAUACACACAGACCACUGCCUGUAUGUCGUCCUACAAAAUUUAAUGUGCUCCGCUACACUCGAUGUGGUCACCCAGCCCUGGGUGCACGGCCAGCUACACCCGUUCCCCGACUUUAGUAUCAACAAAAAGUGCCGCGAUUUUGGGGCGAUUUUGGAGUGGCACGAGAAAACCACGGUAGGUGAUCUGGAGGCGUAUUCAGCGCUACGUAUGCCUGAGGGUCAUGUACCUUACGAAAUGUCGGAGGAAUUUUAUCGGGCUUUUGGGGUUGCGGACGGGGAGGACGAGCAUCAUCAUUGA